AUGGUGGAGGAGAAGGUGCAAGACGUGGAAGUAACAUCCGGAGCGUCCGAGCAGCGGCUUGACAACGACAGUCCGUCGCCGUGGCCCUCGGGCAGCCCACGUGGGACACGCUUCCUGGAGCCGCUGGGCCGACGUGUCCUCUCACUUGUGCCGUGACCCAGGUCCAGGAAGGCGGAGGAGGAGGAACAGGAAGACACGGCCUCGAACCAGAAGUGGGUCUUGGCCCCCAAGUCCCAGGACACGGACGUGACGCUCAUUCUCAACAAGCUGCUGAGAGAAUACGAUAAGAAGCUGCGGCCGGACAUUGGCAUGAGACCCACCGUCAUCGACGUCGACAUCUACGUGAACAGCAUCGGGCCCGUGUCGUCCAUAAACAUGGAAUACCAGAUCGACAUAUUUUUUGCGCAGACCUGGACGGACAGCCGCCUCCGCUUCAACAGCACCAUGAAGAUCCUGACCCUCAACAGCAACAUGGUGGGGCUGAUCUGGAUCCCCGACACCAUCUUCCGCAACUCCAAGACGGCCGAGGCCCACUGGAUCACCACCCCCAACCAGCUGCUGCGCAUCUGGAACGACGGCAAGAUCCUCUACACGCUGAGGCUCACCAUCAAUGCCGAGUGCCAGCUGCAGCUGCACCACUUCCCCAUGGACGAGCACUCCUGCCCGCUGAUCUUCUCCAGCUAUGGCUACCCCAAAGAAGAAAUGAUCUACAGAUGGAGGAAGAACUCCGUUGAGACGGCUAACCAGAAAUCCUGGCGGCUUUAUCAGUUUGACUUCAUGGGCCUCAGGAACACCACGGAAGUCCUGACAACAUCUGCAGGGGACUAUGUCAUCAUGACCAUCUACUUCGAGCUGAGCCGGCGCAUGGGGUACUUCACCAUUCAGACGUACAUCCCCUGCAUCCUGACCGUGGUCCUGUCCUGGGUGUCAUUCUGGAUCAAGAAAGACGCCACACCAGCGAGAACAGCACUAGGCAUCACCACGGUGCUGACCAUGACCACGCUCAGCACUAUCGCCAGGAACUCGCUGCCCCGCGUGUCCUAUGUGACCGCCAUGGACCUCUUCGUGACCGUGUGCUUCCUGUUCGUCUUCGCUGCUCUGAUGGAGUAUGCCACCCUCAACUACUACUCCAGCUGUCGGAAACCAGCCAUCACGAAGAAGAAAACAUCAUUAUUGCGUCCAGACUCCUCAAGGUGGAUCCAUGAGCGGAUAACCCUGCAGGCCCCCUCCAACUAUUUCCUCCUGGACGUGCGGCCCCCUCCGCCCGCGAUGGUCACCUUCAACAACGCCCUGUACUGGCAGGAACUGGAGGAGACCUGCGUCUACGAGUGUCUGGACGGCAAGGACUGUCAGAGUUUCUUCUGCUGCUACGAAGAGUGCAAAUCCGGGUCCUGGAGGAAAGGGCGCAUCCACAUAGACAUCUCGGAGCUGGACGCCUACUCCCGCGUCUUCUUCCCCACGUCGUUCCUGCUCUUCAACUUGGUCUACUGGGUCGGGUACCUGUACCUCUGAGCGUUGCUGGCGGUGAUGAGGGACGCGUGCCAGGCUCCCCUCGCUCCCUGCCGCCCUCCCAGGCCCCUAGUGACCGAUCGAUCGAUCGGAGUAGCAAGGAGGGCGCGGCUCGGUUUACCUGCCCUCACACCUCACCCCACCUCUGAGCAGUGUGGGAGAACACGGCAAAUAUCAUUAUGUGUUUCACCCUCACAUGCGCGCGCGUGCACACACACACACACACACACACACUGGGUUUUCAAGGGACAUUCUUGCUAAUCCCCUCCUGAACCUGCAGCUUGGUGAUGUUCAUGAACGGUUCUGGGGAUGUUGGAAGUGGCUGUCGAUGAUCCUUUCAAAGAAAUCUCUUCACACACGCAAGCAGAUGUCUGAGACGCUCUCUCGGACCCCGACCGACCGCCGGCUCUUUCCUUUGUCACCCAUGGGUGUGGGGUGACCUCGGGGCAGCCCGGGUUCCAGUGUGAACGGGGGUGAGUUUCGAACCCGUUUCCCCUCUCUGUGGCCUGUUUUGCUCCGGCACCAUCGCGGUUAGCUGCCAUUCCUUUGGGGAGGGGGUACAUGCAUCAUCCCGAGGUUUCCCGUGGAGGAAACAAUCGGAUUUUCAAGGGUUUUCAUGUGGCUGAGGUCAACGAUGUUGAUGAUGGCUGAGCAUCAGAAGGUCAUCGCUUUAUUGCAGACCACUGGGAGUCGGGGCGUCCCAGCCGUGGGGUCUUGGGCUGGUCGGCUUGCGUCCGCGUUGUGCCCGGGGUCCUGUUUGAUUGGACCGCUCGGGGCAACCCCGGAACGUGUGUCCUGCGGCUGCUCUGCUAACACGCUUUGACGAUCAUCUCCAUCUUUCCAAGCAACGCACACACCAUGCCCACGCCUUUGUCUCAAACGUGUUUCCCAGCGUGUGAACGAAAUGUAGAUACAAUUUUAAACAUUUUCUUAGUGCAUAUUAACUUCCAAGUCGGAUCACUUCAGAUGCCAAAAAAAAAAGGAAACGGCUGUCUUUAGUGAUAUAUUUUGAUGCACAAAAAAUGCUUUUAUACUUUGAAAUAUGGAUACCUAGCAAAAGCCCAAAGAAACGAUUCCCUGAAAUUAUUACUCUUUUGAUAUUUUUAUAACAAAACCAACUCGCUUCGUGAUGUUAGUUGUUUGUUUGUUUUUAGGGGUUUUUUUUUUCCACUGGAUGCCCGUGUGUACUUCCCAAGAUGCUUUCGAAGCUCCCACCAUGUACAGGAAAACAAAAAAGCAAAGGGCCUACCAGCUGGUUAAUUUCCAUACUAAAAUUUUAGGACCAGAAUCUCUGUGCUUCUCGCCCAGAAAGUUGAAUUAAUUCUAUUGGCAGGCAUAGGAUUUUAGCUUAGUGAUCUAUUGGACGUAUUGUUGUGUCUCAGAAGAAAGAAAAGAUAAACCAUGAUGCAGAGAAAAUACAGAAAAGUGCUGAUUCCACACCAUUUAUUGGGUGCUGACCAGACCCGGAAGGGGAUGGGAGGGGAAGAGGCCCAGAAGGUUGUCAUAGAGGAAUCUGUCUGUUUUGAUGAACGUCACUGCCUAUCCAGGGAGUGAAAAUCUAAGGGUGUAGGAUCACCCAGUGUCCAAGGGUUAGGUCUGUGGUGUGAGGCACUCAAGCCCCAUAGACCGCAAGCCAGUUGGCUUCUACUUAGCAAAUCCAGUUUUAAAAGUAAGUUGAUAAAUGUUUGCAGAGAAACUGGCGGGAUCUCUUGGCUUCGAUAAAAAUUCUGCUCUUUUGAGAAUUUCACCUGUCGGUGGAUCCACCACCUCCCACGCCCCGGUGGCCGGGCGGGACGUCAGCAUGUCCCACCAGAGUGCCGAGCACCCAGGGAAGGCGGGCCCGAGGCUGGUCCUCUUCCAACACAGUUGCCAAUGUCACGGAUUUAUCAUUCCUCACAGUGUGAAGGGUUUCAACCUAUUGCACCUUCAAAGAAGUUCUGGAGGGAAUGGAAUUUUCCAGUGAAACUCUUCUUGGGAGGAAAAGAGCCGACGAGCAUUUUUUUUUAUCACAUAGACCUGACCCAAUUUUACCUUUAAAAAAAUUGUUUUUACGGAUGCCUCUCCUUUCAAAGCCACGCAAGACCCGGGCGUUGUUGGCGAUGCUCAUGAAAUUAUGCUCUUUGGCCGUGCAGACCAAUAACCUCCGUUUGCGUCCCCCAGCCUGCCGGUUCACACAUGGUUCCUUUUCCAUGAAGGAGCGCCUUCAUCUCAACAGUGUCCAAUUGACGUUCACGCGUUGAGCAUGAACUAGAUUCCUGCACCAACAGCAAUGCACGCUCAGGGCUGACUUCAAGGGGCUGACCCACCCCGGGGACCAUGCCCCUGCCUGGUCCUCAGCAGGCUUCCCACUCGAGUUCUCCUUACCCAUCUCCACGCCCGAGACAUGGAGGUCUUCAGUCCACGGUGGAGGAGAAUGGCGUGCAGCUAAGACGGGGGUGGAGCUGGGAGCGUGCCUGUUCGUGUCAGGGUGUGUGCGUUCACCUGGAGGGCACGGGAGAGCGUGAGGAACACAAGUCCCUGGUGGAAGGGCCAUCCUUUGGCACCCGUGUGGUCAGCAGGAUACGCGUGGGGCCCACGGUGAUGCUGUUCCACACAGACCCAACACCCUUCCAGCCCACGGCUUGCUUCGCGUGGGGGAUCGGGAAACGUUUUCGGGUGGCCGUGCGGCCGCUCGGGGAAGGUGUCGGGGUGGCCUCCACCCAGAGGGGCUCCCGGUGGUCCUCGCUCGCAGAAGGACCCUCCGUCGAGGAGGCGCCUGUUCUGCGUUUUGACAAGGGUUUCUCCCUCCUGACCACUGUGGUUCGCACGUACAUCUGUGACUGUCUCUAUUUUAAGUUGCCUCCGGGCCGAGAGGGAGAGAGAGGAAAGGGCAUUUCGCACGAAUGCCCUUCAGAGCCGAGAAAGUUCCACUUUCUGCCCAGUCUCAACACCAAGGACCAGAAGAUGGUCAGAUGCUAAGACAAGAUCACGCUACUCUUACUCUGAACCCAGCAAAUACUGCCCCCAGUUAACCCAACAUAUGCCUUAAAGAGAACACAUUCGGCUCAAAUAGUACACGUCCUGUAGACGUUCCACGCCCCACGGACACCUGUGUUUCACACCAGGCUUUAUGUCUUAUUUGCAAGAGGAUGGAGACAAGAUUUCAUCGCCACCAUCACCACCACAACCAUCAUCAUCAUCAUCAUUACCAUCUUCAUCACCACCAUCUUCACCAUCA